AUGGGCGAAAACCACCUUCGAAGAGUUCCCUCCCCUCCCAUGUGCUUUCCGACCAGUGGCGUUGAAACUGCCAACGCGUCUGUGCUUGACGAGGAACGAUUCGAUUGGUUCAAGAAAGGAUGUUAUUAUCCUGUCGAUAUCGGUGACAUCUUUAGUUCCAAAUACCAGAUCAUUGGCAAGCUGGGAUUUGGGGUUACCUCUACAGUAUGGCUCGCUUGUGAUCUUGAGUUAAGUCGGCUCCGCGUCUAUGUUCACUUGCGACAAGCUAACACAACCAAGGGUCAUCAAAAUGUGACAUUUUAUAAAGUAUGUACGCGUGAUGAAGAAGCUAAUCAGGAAGAGUUUCAGAUUUAUAAGUAUCUGAAUCAAGGCAAUCCAUCACAUCCUGGCUAUGUCCAUGUGAGAAAGGCCCUAGAUAUAUUCACCAUUCCUCGUCCCGGAGGUAGCCAUCAUUGUCUUGUACAGAAACCCAUGUGGGAGAGUUUCAGGGAUCUACUCUAUCGCAAUCCUAAUCAUCGAUUUACUGAAGACCUACUCAAGGUUGGAUUUAUGCAGGUUUUUCCUGCACAUGACCACCUGCAUACCGAAUGCAGGCUUGUCCAUACGGAGGAUACAGCGAUUCUUGAAAGCUUUCUUAAAGCUGAAAUGGAGAACCGUUUCACCGCGAAAAUUUAUCAGUGGUAUAUACCAGUGUCUGCUUCCCGACGGUUCGAAUUGCCAAAGGCAUUUGGCCGGGUAAUGCUGAGUGAUUUUGGUUCAGCCGUACGAGGAGAUGAGAAGAGAAAUCACGAUAUAUAUGAAAUGUUUGCGUCAUGUUCUGGGAUUAUUUCUGAAGGCAAGCACAUAUUCCAUGGCACUGAUCCUGAUGGGAAAGGGUAUUCCACCCGUACACAUCUUGCUAAAGUAAUUGGAAUUCUUGAGUCGCCUUCCUUAGAUAUGCUCAAACGCGAAAAACGGAGCUCUGAAUUUUAUACAGAAGAUAUGUAUCAUCUCUCUCUCCUGAAAGCACCUAGCAAAC